CCGAGGUCAGAGUGCACAGUUCAUGGGGAAGACGGAAACAUGGUGGCAGGCAGCGAGAUCCGCGUGGUUCGCUGCGGUGGAAGCAAAAUAAACACCACAUCACCGAUAAUCACUGUCGAUUCAAGGUACUUACUAUGUGUGUCAGGGGAUCUUGUGAAGGUGUACAGCACCCAAACAGAGGAAGUGGUGCGUGUUUUAGAAGGCCACACCAACCAGGUGACCGGCAUCGCCCUCAACCCGGCCAACCAUCUCCAGGCCUACUCCUCGUCAGCAGAUGGCACUAUAAUGCUGUGGGACUUCAUGGACGGCAUUCUGAUCAAGACAUUUGUCGUCAGCUAUCCAAUACAGUCCAUGUAUGUCUCCGCAAAACACCGUGGUGUCAUAUUCACCAUCAUGCCAAUGGCCAGGAAGGUGGGAUCUGCCCUCUCUCCUCCAGACUCUUUCCAGCUGGUGGCAGUGCAUCUGCCUCGUGAGGCAAAGGCGGAGGUGGACGCCCCUGAGCUCAGUGCCGUGAUAACCGACGUCAGCACCAACCCCAGAGCCACCGCUAUGGGCAGAGAGGGGGAAUACCUGGCAUCAGCCAUGGGACUCGUGCUCAACGUUCACUUCUUUAGGAAACAGAAAACAUACAGUUUUUCCUUGAAAGCGACUGACAAGAAGGGUGCUAAGAAUGCCUUCUCUUGUGUGGCCUGCCACCCCAAGGAAGACUGCAUUGCCACGGGCCAUGAGGACGGCAAGAUCCGCCUGUGGAGAAACUUCGACCACAAGAAGCAGUACACAUACACCACUCUGCACUGGCACCACAACAUUGUCAACUCCCUCUGCUUCACCCCAGAAGGCACUAACCUGCUGAGUGGGGGAGUGGAGUCUGUGCUGCUGCAGUGGCAGUAUGGGGCCAGCAGCAAGGCCAUGCUGCCGCGCCUAGGGGGCGCCAUAACGCACAUCUCCGUCUCACCGGACGGCACACUGUACACCACCUGCCAUUCAGACAACAAGAUAACGCUCAUUCACAGCAGCAUCAAGGUGUGCGGCAUCAUCCAGGGGCUGGUCAAAGGUGACUCAGUGCGUACGGACCUGCUCAUCGACCCGCGCACACGGGCCCUGGUGCUGAACGGCAAGCCUGGCCAUCUCCAGUUCUACAACCUCAGGGAUGACCGCCAGCUCUUCAACCUGGACAUAGUGCAGCAGGAGUACAUCUAUCAGGAGGGCCUGGACCAGUACGAGGUGGUGAUGGCGGCGUUCGACCGUACGGGCAACUGGCUGGCCACGGUGGAGGAUCGUGGACACAAGUCAGCCGACAUCGACUUCAACCUCAAGCUCUGGCUGUACGACACCAAAACACAGAGCUUCUCUCUGAACACCACCGUGGCGGCCGCCCAUAACGACCGGAUUAAGGCGCUGUGCUUCUGCCCUGACGCCCAGACCACCCUGCUGGUCACCACCUCCAAGGACGGCCACUUCAAAGCCUGGCUGCUGGGGAAGGAGACGGACACCCAGGACGAGCAGGACAUCAAGGAGAAAGUAGGCGAGGGCGGCAAAGACGCGGUGGAGGCCUCCUGGUCAUGUGACUUUGUGGGGAGCUACCACGGCCUGCAGCCCGGCAGCUGCUGCUUUGCGGCCGACGGCUCGCUAUUGGCCGUGGGCUUCGGUGAGGUCAUCACGCUCUGGAGCCCAGAGAGCUGGGAGCUGCUCAGUACUCUCUGCCUUCCUCCUGGGGACAUCAGGGACCUGUGCUUUGGCAACCAGAGCUGCUCCAAGUACCUCCUCAGCACCACCACCAAGAACAUGCUCUGCUGCUGGAACCUCCUCACAUGCUCACUGGAGUGGAGCACUGCCAUGGACGUGGUGUUGCUCAAGCCCGACCCCCUCUCGGAGAACAUAGUGGCUUUCGCCAAGGAGGACGGACACACAGACUUGUUUGUCUUCAAGCCCAGUGAGCCGCGGCCGCUCUUUACCCAGAAGGCCGUGUGCUCCGGGGGGCUGAGUCGUGCCGUCUUCUCGCCGCGCAGCGAGCCCCUGGACAGCUGUGACGAGACCUCCCAGUGGCUCAACCGCUCCCAGCUUUACAUCCUUACAGACACCAUGGACUUAAUGACGCUGUGCACCAGGACGGAAGAAGAGCGAAUGGCCGCCUUAAGUAAACAGCUUGUUGUGGAUAAGAGUGUGGCCCCCACCCCCUUCUACCUGCUCCUGGGGAAGCAGAGGCAGCAGCAGCAGGAGAAGCAGCAGGAGAAGCAGGGUGGCGCCACCUCCAGCGCCGGAGUGGAGAGGACGCCAGUGCCCCAGGGCUCCGUAGCCAUCCGAGAGCUUCUGCACACGCCAGCUCACGUGCUCCCCGCGGCCUCAUUCCUCUGCUCCAUGCUCGUCAGCUCUCUCCUCAUAUCAUCCUCGGACAACAGAGGGGCGGACGCCGCCGGAGCAGAUGAGGAAAUGGACAGCGAGAAGGAGGAAGAGGGCUCCUCGUCGGAGGAAGAGCCGGAGCCAGAGUCUCGUGACGCCCAGAGCACCGGUCAGGACUCCUUAGCGGAUCACGUGCCUAAACUCUCCAAGGCCCAGGAGAGAGAGCUGCGGCGCGUCAGGAAAACGGACUAUAGCUGGCUCAGCACGCUAGUAGACGCCUAGCAUCGAUCUAUCUAUUUAGCCCAGCCCAGUUCAGCUCAGCACUCCAAACCAUGACUGUGCAAAAACUGAGCUUCUGUUUUCCCUCCCUUUUUUCCUCCUUUUUUCCCUCCACUUCUCCAAAACCCACCCCCACACCCUUUUUGUCUUUUGUGUCUUUUUUUUCUUCUUUUUCUUUUUCCGUUGGUCACAUUCAUCAGUGUUUGACGUGUUUGGAUCCCUUGGAGCAGAUGAUGCGUUUUGGCCGUGGUAGCAGCGUGGGGCUGGGGGCCCAGACCCAAAUCCAAGUACUCUGUGAAGAAGCCAUCAAAGAAAAGGAGGGGGGAGGCAGGGGGAGAGCAUGGAGGUCCUUUCCUUAUAGUAAAUCCCAUUUAAUGUACAGACGCACACUUCCCUUCCUGAGGUGAACCUCUGGCCUCCUGCACAAAAUGGAGGCUCUCGUGACGCAGUCAGCUCUACUCAUCACCCAUACCCUCUGGACUUUUGCAGUUUGUGUAGUAAAUGAGGUUUAUACACUUGCUUUACUAUUUUUUGUAAUAAUAAAUAAGGUUUCUGAAGAAGGAA